AGGAAGAGAUCUUACGUAGUCUACAAAAACCCUAGAAAUUCAACAGAUAAAAAAAAAAACAAAAAACAGAAAAGGAAAACAGGAAUUGAAUCGAGAAAAUCAUGGCAGAACACUUAGCAUCAAUAUUUGGAACAGAGAAAGACAGAGUAAACUGUCCAUUUUAUUUCAAGAUCGGAGCAUGUAGACAUGGAGAUAGAUGUUCAAGACUCCACACGAAACCUAGCAUUAGCCCUACGCUUCUGCUAUCAAACAUGUACCAGCGUCCUGACAUGCUGACCCCAGGCGUGGAUCCUCAGGCUCAGUCUCAAUCACUUGACCCUCGCAAGAUCCAAGACCACUUUGAAGAUUUUUAUCAGGAUCUUUUUGAAGAGCUCAGUAAAUAUGGCGAUAUUGAAAGCUUGAAUAUUUGCGAUAAUCUCGCGGACCACAUGGUUGGGAAUGUGUAUGUUCAAUUUAGAGAAGAAGAUCAUGCUGCUAAUGCUCUGCGUAACCUCAAUGGACGCUUUUAUGCAGGCCGGCCAAUCAUUGUUGACUUCUCCCCUGUUACGGAUUUCCGAGAAGCUACAUGUAGGCAGUAUGAAGAAAAUGUUUGCAAUCGAGGUGGCUACUGCAACUUCAUGCAUCUGAAGAAGAUUAGCAGGGAGUUGAGAAGGCGGUUAUUUGGGAGGAAUAGGAGAAGACGUAGCCGCAGUAGAAGCCAUAGUCCUAGUAGGCAUCGUGGUUAUGAUGAACGCCCACAUGGUGGCCGCGGUUUUGGUAGACGAGACGAUGAUAGGGCUCAUCACCAUGAGAGGGGCAGGAGGCCUAGAAGCCGAAGUCCUGGACGCAGAGGAGGACGAAGCAGAAGCCCUGCAGGAAGGAGGAAUAGAAGUCCUCCUGUUAGAGAGAGCAGUGCUGAAAGAAGGGCUAAGAUUGAGCAGUGGAACAGGGAGAGAGAGCAGACUGAAUCUGGUAAUAGAGACGGCCAAAACCUUGACAAUGACAGGAACAGCAAUGGUGAUGCAAAGAAUGGAGGUCAUUAUGAUGAUGAUCAGCACCACUAGGAGCACUGCAGAAACAUUACUGACCACAUUGGAACCAGCUGGUGGAGUACAGGUUCACUGUCUUGUGUUAUGAAAGUAAAAUUCCAACUUUUGCCUUAUAAGUUAGAAGAAAUAGGAAAAAAAGAGGAAAAGAGGGGAAAAAUAUUGGCCUUUCUAGUUCUUGUAUGUGAACACUUUUUUUACACAAUCUUUUUAAUCUUUAAUUUUGCCCUGUGAAAACGUUUUCUAAAAUGGAUGUCUUUUUGUUUCACUUUACGAUCGCUAAAAAGGUGUUUUAAGUAAUCUCUUGAAGAGAUCACACUCUUUCUAAUUCACUGCACUUAGCAUUUUGUAACUAAAAGAACAAUUAGGAGGCUUUAUCUGCUCAAUUUUACUUGUCCUGUUAUAGUCAGUUGCAGGGAGGUAUGGGUAAUCCAAUCUUACAGGAAUUCGGCAUGGUCUUUCACUUAUAAAUAUCAUUUCUCUUUGAAAGUUGUCGUCUUAUGUGCUUGACAAGUUUUGCAGGUUCAGGCUUUCCUGCUUUUUAGGAUCGGCCUCAAUUUCUUAUGGCAGCUUACCAUGAUAUUUAUAUACAGGUUGGAUGUUUAUCUGCACAGCAUGUUUGCAGGAUUUAAAUAUUAUGUUGUAGAAGGAUUGAGAAAGCUCUUUGGCCUUUGAACAAUGAAGAAAUAGUUAAGCUUCAUACAAGGGGAAACAGCUGACUUAAUCUUCGUCAACUGAGAUUUCAUCUGCUGGAUCAGAGAUUGAGUUUAUGGAAUGUGGGAAGCAGCAAUGUCAUUAUUUCUGUUUUUUCAGUUGUUCAAACAUUGUUGUGUUUUCGUUUUUGCAUCAUGGGUUGAGCUUGUGACCUGAAGUGGAUGUUUAAACUUGCUUGCUUAGUAUUUAAACUUCCUUUCUUUUUAUGAUAA